AUGUUUUCUAGUAGCAUUUGCAAAACUUUUCAAAAAGGUCCAACAAUGUUUCGUCGUGCUGCCAGCUCUUUUGGAAAGGUCGCUACGGGGCUUGCUGGGGCCCAACUUGGAACGGCAGCGGUGGUUGCGUUGACGGACAAGGAACUUGGAAAGAAGCCGGAGUGGUACCAAAACGCUGUUCGCUCUUUGGAGAGCUCACUCAAGCGCCUGUCAAAGAAAGGAUUUAUCGAGAGCGAAUCCUGCCUAAACGAUGCUCAGGAUGCUCUUGGACGAGUUUCCGAUAUCCACAACUGCGAAAUUCAAUGGCGUCUCGCUCGAGUAUAUGCCGAGAAGGCUGCUCUAUCCAAGUGUGCACACGAGAAGGCUCACUUGCUUCACGAUGCCAAGGCUGCUGCCAAGCGAGCACUUGCUGUUGAGCCUGCUAAGGGAUCGGCUGGUGCGCACAAAUGGUACGCAAUUACUGUGAUUCGUCUUCAUGAACUUGAACCAAAGACCACAAAUCUCGAUGAUGCCGUCAAGCAUCUCGAGAUCGCCACGAAGAAGGACCCAUCUGACCCCUACAGCUUCACCUUGCUUGGCAUUCAGCAAUACAACAACAAAGAUUACAAGGAGGCUCUUGAAAACUUCCAGAAAGCUGAAACAAUAAAGGCCGGUUUCUCAGCGAACAACAAGUACUAUUUGGGAGCUGCCCUUAAGGCCAACGGAAAGAAAGAUGAGGCUAUCAAGAGCUUGAAGGAAGUCCUCGUCACCGUGCCAACUGGCGAAUUUGACGGAAAGGCCAAAUUCCUCGCCAAGGGUCUUCUCGCACAACUGGGCCUCAAGCCGGAGGAAUAUGAAGUAGGAGAGUUC